AUAAAAGAUGCGUUAACGCGAUUACCGUGCCAAAAUUCGAUUUGAAUAUUUACUAAAUAUGUGUCAUGCUUUUUUGGUGCGACAGUGCUUGUUUUAACGAAAUGUCAAGUAAGUCCGUGUGUGACGAAGAGGUGACUCGCCAGACAUUAUCUAGAAUUUUACUCAGUGAUAAAAAAAACUUGACGAAAAUUUAUAAAUAAUGUACAUUAAAAAAAAAUCAAAGACCGAAUGUCACUCGUCCUUGAAUUAGUAUCAAACAAUUUUAUUUUUCAUGAUGACCUCUAUAAUUAAAAAAAAAGAUACAGGUAGGUAAACAAGUAUUUCAAAGUGAGUUUUUCAUAAGCAAAUUUUGUUGUGAACGUUAUCAAUUUUUUAGCAAGGAUAAGGAAAACAAUGAAAAAGGCGAUAAAUACUAACCAUUAGUUGAAACGAGUUAACUAUAAAGAUUAACUCGACAGUAAUUGAUGAUGAUGUCAUUAAAGUUUGCAGGCAAUGAAUAAAUCAGUUUUAGAACUAAUCUAAAAAUUUAUAAAAUUUGUGUAAUCAAGUUAUCAACAGACGACAACGGAAAACCAGUUUUUUGUAUUCUGUAAACUGUGAAACGCGAAGUUAAGAUAACAAACAUUGGUCAAAAUAAAACUAAUUUAAAAGCACUCUGAGAUUCACUCACCUGUCAAAAAAACUUCUUGUCAAAUCCAAGGUUAUCUUCACGUUAAUGUCACCCUGCAUGAUUUUCCGCUCAAACCUCGCCCCUGCCGUUUUUAAAAAUUUCGGCACCGCCCCACGGACUAUCCACACCGUCCAGGAACUUAUAGAGCAACUGUCGAAAACAAUGGGCAGAGAGAGCGGCUAUUCCUCCAUCCCUCCCAGCCGUAAGCACCUCCUCCAGUACGUCCCCCGUGAGCAAAACGACUUACCCCCCCGAUCUUUACGCGACAGCUACGUCGAGGGCUACAUCCCCCUGUCCAAGGACCUCAAACUGCAAGAGAAAUACACCACAUUCCUAGGUAGCUUACGCAUCGGAAGACUUCUCGAGGAUAUGGACUACUUCGCGGUCAUAAUAGCCCAGAAACACAUCCUCAACCCCAAACUUCCUCCUCACGUCCCCCUCCCCCAGACCCUCGUCACCGCCAGAAUCGACAAAAUCGACUUCACGCCGUUCGUUCCCCAGGUCAAAGAAGACGUGAAGAUUUCUGGCCACGUGGACCGCGUCGGCCGCAGCACUAUGGAGAUCACGGUGUGGAUGGGUCAGAAGUGGCAAGGUUCCUGGAACAGGAUCACCCGAGCCGUCUUCCUCAUAGCCUCCAGAGACCCCACCAACCAAAAAGCUGCCGUGGUCAACCCCGUCAAACCCAAAGACGAUAUCGAAAAAAACAUCAUAGAAGCAGCCGGGAAGAGACAGCGUCUGAGGCAGCACCAACAACAGUUGCACAUCUCCAAGACCCGCCCCAACGACGACGAACAAAAGCUCAUCCACGACCUCUACCUCAAAACAGAGGCUUACAAGCGCGUCAUCCAUACCAGCGCGACGCCGCCAUCCGGCGGCGUCUGGAUGGAGCAGCUUCAGAUAGGCAACACCAUUUUCUCGCAGCCGGAUCACCGCAAUCUCCACAAUACCGUCUUCGGGGGCUUCAUCAUGAGGCAAGCGACCCAGCUGAGUUGGGUGUUGGCUACAAGGUUCAGCAAGCACCACCCUCAGCUGAAGCACAUCAACGACAUCGAAUUCAGAGAGCCCAUUUCGGUGAAUUCUUUGAUAAGGAUGCGGGCGUUUGUGGUGUUCACCUACAUGGAGUUUGUGCAGAUCACCGUGUUCGUGACUACGUGGCAGUUGCACGAGGAGGCCCCCAGGUUGACUAACGUGCUGCAUUUCACCUACCAGGUGCCGGAGUUCGUGAAGCAGGUGUAUCCGAGGACGUAUCACGAGGCGAUGAUGUACGUUGAUGGGAAGCGGCACUUUGAUGAAGUCAUAAAGCCCACGCCGGAGGAGAAGGGGCUUCUGAACGAGGAGGGGUCUCUUGUGAGUUAAGCUUGCCAGAAGUUUCGUCUGAUUGGAGACCUUCUCCGACAAGUUAGAUGUAAAUACAUACGUCAAAGAAUA